UUUUUGUUUUCGCUAGUACUAGCACCUAAAAGAAAGGAAUGAGUAUAGUUCUUUGUUAUUAUUUACUAACAAAUUGGGUUGGACAGACUAUAUUUCCCGUAUCGUAUGCACCCAUUUUAAAACAUUAAAAUGAUUUUGUCACUGGCAACACCUUAUUAUCGCAACAAAAAAAAGAAAAAUGACAGCUUGAACUUGCCAUUGACUUGACAGUUGGCAAUUUGGCAUCUAAAGGGAGCGAAAAUAGCCAAAUCACAGAAAAAUCUGUCCUACUUUUCGAAAAAAGGCUUGUUAUCUGCGCGUGACCACAUUUUAAACUUGUGCAGAAUGCCGUCAAUGAAAGUGGAAGGUGACAGUGAUGGGGAUGGUGAUUUGUCUGGUGGUGAAACUGAGAGGUCCGGUGGAUCCUCCAGGGGUCCCGACAGGGACUCCAGUGCUGAAGAGGCAGACGAACCUGACUCCGAUGACUCCUCUGAGAUGGAUGAGAGUGAGUGCGAGCGCCGGAGAAACGAGUGCCUGGACAAUUUAGCAAACCUCGAGCGCCAAUUCACCGUGCUACGCGAGCAGUUGUACUCGGAGCGCAUGAAACAUGUGGAGUACCAGCUCACCGAGGUCAGGGGCGGGCGCUCGCAGGAGUACCUCGGGCCUCUGCGCCGGCUCCAGGAUAAUAUGAGAGUCAGGAUCGAGGUAGCGGGCAUUCUGAAGCAGAUGCGCAUAGAGAACAUCAAACAUAAGUACGAGGCGGAGGAGCAGGCCGCACAGCAGCAUUUUAAGAGUGAAAAAUGGCUGAGCUACGAGACUCUAAAAGAGGAGAUCCUCGAGAAAAUCCGUCGGUUGGAGGAAGAGCGUCACACCGUAGACCUCUGGUCCAAUGGGCCCGAGUGGGGUCGCAAGCGGCGUCGGCGUCAAGUCGCUGUGUCACCCCCAUACGUCGUCUACAUGCUCCCUGACGCUGACAUCAUGGAAGACUGGCGACAAAUUAGAAAGCUCCUCGAGAGAGACUAGGAUGAGGCGGCUAGCACACCUGCCCGCGCGCGACCGCGCCACGCUCUUCGCGCGCUGAAGAGGAAGUGAUCGUGGUUAGUUGUGCUAGCCUUAUAUAGGAUAAUAGAAUCAACUUUGAAGCCCAUAAAAUGAACAUGAUUUGCGGGCCAUUUUUCGACUUUUGAACUUUUGAAAUUGUUGUAGGGGAGAUCAAAAGAAUUUCAAUAACUCACGCGACCGUGUUCGUAAUACGAAAUAUUGUUUGAAAAUGUUGUGAAUGCCAGCCCUGUCUCUAACAUUAUUGUAACAGGUUUGAAGUUAUCCAUAAAACUUAACCUUUUCCAAGUUUUUAUCCGUUUUUAGUUUUCACGAAACAAGCAUAUUUUAACUUGUUGGAUUUGUGGAGGAUUCCGUCACUUCGAUUUGUCUAAUAUAUUCUGCAAGCCAACUUUAGUAGAAACCACUUUAUGCUUCAGUAGAAAGGAACGAAAUUAAAAAUUUGUUUGGGAAAGCGAUCCUUUGCCUACUUUUUCCAAAUUUGCCGCCUUUUUCUACUGACAAAGCUGCUCGCGUAGCCAACAUGCCAAUCGUUAACGCUCCGUAGCGUAGUGUAGUCAUCUUUAUCACUCUACCAUAUUAGUGCGAGAGUGACAGUUGCGUUUCGUUCGCUACGGAGCGUUAACGAUUGUCAUAUUGGCUACGCGGGCUGGCUUGCUAGAAAGUAUACAAUUGUCUUUGGUAGAAGGCAGAAAAAGACACAUCAAGCCAGAUUUGAUUAUCGUGUUAAUGGCUCCCAUAAUUUAGCUCAAUUUCGUUAUAGUUGUUAUAUUUGUAGCUGGGUCCCAACGGCUUAUCCUUUGUCUAUUGUUUAAUAAAACGGCGCGUGCCACUACCUGCAAAAAAGGGCCCGGUCACUUUAACCGGUUAUUUAAUUACAACUCCUAUGGUAAUUGAAAUAAGAUGAACAAAUGGAAAAAUAAUUUGCGACGUCUUGUGUGGUCCCUAUACGGUUACUGAGUGCCAGCGAGUCGAACGCUACCGAAACAGCCUAAAAUGUGUCCUCGAUAUGCGUAACAAAGGCGCGUUAUCGGAGAGCACACCUACACUGGUUUUUUGAGCGUUGGACUAGCCCGCGCUCAGGUGCCAAUUAGAAUUAUACUACCCUUUUUUUGCAGGUAGUGGCACGCGCCGUUUUAGUUAACAAUAGACAAAGGAUAAGCCGUUGGAGGCCAGCUACAAAUCUAACGACUAUACUUGAUUACAUUAUUGAACUCGUAAUUAAGUAGGAGUAUGGUUUUACCUCCGGCCAAGUUUACAGAAGUCAAGAUUGACGAUGGUUGAAACGUCGAAGAAUGGACCUCGUAUUCAUGUGGUACUUUUCGGUAAGAACAUGUCUGUAUACAUUUAUUUGCAAUAAUAUCUAACACAACGAAUGGCGCUAAAAUUAAAUAGCCAUAAGAGCUUGUCGGUAAUUUUUGGGCUCUUACUUGUGUAAGAUAUAAUUACAAGUAACUUAUACUUAUUAUCAUUAAGAGGGAAGAAUAGCUUUUCGAAUCUAACGAAAUAACGGUAAUUUUUCUAUGAAAUCCCAUUAUGGGAGAAAACGGUUUCCACUAAUAAAAUCUUAACAAAUCACUUUAAUUUUGAUGUCGAUCGCUUCAGCAUAAUAUAUCCUGUUUAUAGGUUUCGCUUUAAAAAAAAAUUGUUUGGCAAUUUUUGUAAAGAAGGAAAACCUAUUAACUAAAUAUUAAUAUAAUUAAGAGAAUGGAAAAUAUUUAGAAGUGGAAAAACGUUUUCUCUUUUUGUAUGGAGUAGCACGUGGUAUAUAUCCUUCUUAAUGUGUAAUGAUUCAUUAUGAUUAGGUUAGUUGUUGUAUGUGUAUUUAUUUUAGUGAUUUUAAUGCGGGAAUCAGAUUUUUUUGUUAAUGUCAAUGGCUUUCAAUCGCAUUUAACUUUUCACUGUAUUCUUGAAGUUGGAUAAAAUUAUAAGCAGCUAAAAUCAAUUCAAGCCAUUACUCAUCCACUUUUAUGACUAUAAACGAGACACCCUAAAGCUCUCGAACACGUAACACGUAAACAUGUACGUACGUGUCUAACAUUUUUGUUUGUUACUGGAGUGUAAAUGUAUACAAUACACAUAUAAUUUAAACCCUUCUUGCUCAAAUUGAUGGGUAUUUAAUCUUUACCUUGUGAUUCGCCUAGUAUCAUAAAUGGCAGAUUUUCUUUUCUAUGAAACCUCUUAUUUUCUGGAGCUUGGUUCAAUAAGUAACCAUUGAUAUGUAAUUAUAUUAGACAUUUUCAGUUUUUUACUCUGUGUAUUGUGUCAAUGUUGUAUUAUUCUGAUAUUUCCCACAAUUUUUCUUUGGGAUUCACGCUCGAUUAUUUUAUUAUUCUUAAAUCGUUGUAAAAUUGUUCCAUUAUGUAACUAGACAAUAUGUGUCAAUAUGCCCUUGUAGAAUAAAUUGGUAUACCACAAACCACAAAUGAUAACUUAUUUUUAUAAAUAGUAUACCAAUAAGAUAAGAAGCCGCCAAAGUGCGACAUGACAUCCCAUUGGCAAAAUCGUUGACCCAGGUCAGUCAACGUCAAAUACGGUAUAUAUCUGAACGUAAAACAAUAACUUAACCCUUUUCCAGGCCCCACCAAUCUACAAGGUUUUCCCAGAAAAUCCAAAUAUAUUCCAAUUAAUCCAGCUUUGACGAUUCAUUUGAAGACAAGUCACAUUUCCAGAAACUGCAAUCUAAUUUGAAACUUAAAUGGCAAUGCUAAAGUUGAAAUUGUAAUGGCGCGUAUGUGGUCGACAAAUCGUACUAUGCCUGGAAAAGGAACCCAACCAUCCUUGAAAUCUCGAAAAAAAAUUGUCUGUUUCAUACAUUUUGCUGGGCUGAUGUUGAAAUGUCCUAUGGGAGAGUGAAUUUUUAUUUCGCGAUGUCGGGGUUGGUCCCAUAGUAAAAGUUGUUCAUUAUGACCUAAACGUUAACGGGUUUAAGUAAUUACUUUACGUUCCGAUACAUACUGUAUAUGUUUACACUUACUCCUAAGGCGAAAUAUGUAAAACAUAUCUUUGACAUCGUCUGUACAAUCAAUUAUGCUAAAUCAUAUGCUAUGUUCCAUCAUCAGUAGUUGGGUAAAGUUUAGUGUUGUAUUGGAAGCACAGAUUUUGUUAUGCGAUAUCGUGUCGUCUUAAAGUCGGAUAAAGUUAGAAAGUAAAUAGAUUUUACGAGGUUGCAAGUGUUAGUACAUAGGCCAAUAAUUUUUAAAAUAAAUCAAGUUUUCUAUGAUGAUUGUUACGCUUAAUUCGAAGGAAAUUGCUGUGUUUUGUAAAAUUAGUAAUUUUAAUUAAGAUGUGAAAGAGUUUUGCAUUUAAUUCGGAAUAAAUCAAUUUGAAUUAAA